AUGGUUGAUUGGCUGGGCUCCGUGGAGGAAUGUGGAUCCUCGGACGAAGCUGGCGGAGCGGCUGGGGGCGCUGCGCAAGUCGCCGCUCCGCGGCGUGGCGCGCAGAGCGCGCAGGAAGAGGGCCGAGCGGGAGCCCGCGGGGCUCCGGGGGUGCAGGACGAGCGCGAGAGGCAGCGGGAGCGGAGCGGGUUGGACCGGCGGAACUUAUUAUCCAUCCCUCGCGUCUGCUCCGAUGAGAUCGCGCCGCGCCACCUUUCUCGCACGAACAGCUGUAUCGAUCAUCCGCGGCCGGUCACGGCGCAGCGGGAGAAGCCGCGCAGCAGUUUUGACGGAGAGCGGGAGCGCGAGAGGGAGGCGGAGCGGGAGGAGAGGGGGCGAGUGAAGGGCGGAACGCGCAGAGGGGGAAGCGCAGCGGCGAACGCGAAGGGGGAGAGCGGAAAUUUGUCGCGAACGUCCAGCUGUAUGUCGGUUGGCGGCGACGAAGUUCGGCGACUGGAGAACGAAAUCGCGGUCUUGCGGCGGCAGCUGGUAACUGUCGGCCAAGCCAAGACCGCCUUUGGCAAUGCCGGUUCGGCAAGUGGCUCGGGCCAAGCCAGACCGUGCCAGCAUUCCGGGCCUCAGGCCGAGGCUCGGUCACCAGAAUGGCAGAGCAUCGCGAUGGAGGUGGUGGAACUAAGGGGUCAGCUGGACGAGUUGUCCGAAGCUAACGGACGCUUAACGGAGCUGCUUGAAAGGAGGACGCAGGAGCUGGUCGCGACAAAAGAGGAGCUGAUAACGGCCAAGGAGGAGCGCGACGCGCUGGCCAAAGAAAUGGAGGCGCUGCUCGAGUCCCUGUCAGCAUCGCCGCCUGCUGACGUGGCAAAUACAGGCAUGAGCGCCUUGCAGCAGCAACAGCAGCAGCAGAGGGUGCAGCAGGCGGAAGAGGAGGCACGGCAGCUGCAGGUACUACUCGAAACGGCCAUGGCGGAGAGAGACAUGGCUGUGCGCCUUGCUGCCGCCACAGGGAGACUCCCUGCGGGGCUCAUUCCAUCUACCAGCGUUGGCAGCAUCGCCCGUUCAUCCAGUGAAGAGCCGUCGCCUCGGCUGCGUUUCACUCCCCUGGACGUCCGCUUCCGCACGUCAACCCUCAACUCCCGCUCCAACUCCCCCUCGCCGGCUACUUCCUCCUCCCCCAUGCUCCCCUUUUCCCCUUCCAUGAACUCCUACUCUCCCUCCGCCUCAUUCUCGCCUUCUGCCGCCUCCUUCUCGCCCUCCUCUUUCUCCCCCUCCAGCUCUCUUACAAACUCCCCCUCAUGUCUGUCUCCCGCCAGCCGCCCGAGUGCGUACACACCAUCGCCGUUCCGCUCACACAGCGAAUCCAGUUCGGGCAACCGUGUUGACACCAUAGCCAAGUCGUGGCUUGGCGCCGAGCCUGCAGGGCAGCCUCGGCACGGGAUGAUGAGGAGCUCGAGUCGGGGCCUGGUGACAUCAGCCAUACCAAGGAUGGACCCUGGUAGUCCCUCUGUUAAUGCUGGAUGGAGGGGAGCGGCGAGCGGGGAGGUGCAUGUGGGGAAGGGGCACCUGAGGCGGACUUCAACUGCAGGAGGUGCCAUUGAGGCAAGGCGUGUGUGGGAAUCGCGAUCGCCCAUUUCGAUGAGCCGACCCGGAAGUGCCGAUAUAGGUGCGCUGCAACAAGGGGCGGAGCAUGCUGUGGGGAGCAAGGCUGCGGAUAAAGGGGCGAAGAAAGGGGGACUGAAAGGCAUACUUUCACGCAAGUCUAAGCAAGCGACCCUUGACGCCGGGUUGGGCAGUGCUUCCGCCACUGCUGCUCCCGCCUCACGCGCAUGCCCCUCCGCCGCCGCCUUCUCCGCCAUCCCCGCUUCCGCCCGUUUCUCCACCGUCACUCGCGCCCCUUCCGCUGCCUUCUCGCCUGCUGACGCAUUCUCCUCCGCCGCCACUGCCCCCGCCGUUUCCUCCGCGUCCCCCGCUUCCAGCUCGUCCGCCGGCGCUUCCGCCGCUCCCCGCGCCCCCCCCGCCCUCGUGCCCAUCUCGACGGUCCUCGUGGCAAAUCGCGGCGAGAUCGCGUGUCGCGUGAUGCGCACUCUAAAGCGCCUCGCGAUUCGCUCAGUGGCCGUGUACAGUGAUGCGGACCGCGACGCGCUCCACGUGCGAUCCGCUGACGUGGCGUUCCGCGUGGGGCCCGCCGCGGCGCGAGAGAGCUACCUGCGGGGCGACGCGAUCCUGGAGAUUGCAGAGCGAUGCGGGGCGCAGGCCAUUCACCCUGGCUAUGGUUUUCUCUCCGAGAAUGCUGACUUCGCUGCAGCGUGCAAACAGAGAGGACUGGAAUUCAUUGGGCCGCCGCCAAGUGCUAUCCGGGCGAUGGGGGACAAAAGUGCGGCCAAGGAGCUGAUGACGUCAGCAGGGGUGCCGGUGGUCCCGGGGUACCACGGCGAGGACCAAUCAGAGCGCUUCCUGCAGGAGGAGGCGGGGCGGAUCGGAUACCCCAUUCUGAUCAAGGCCACUCAGGGGGGCGGGGGCAAGGGCAUGCGCAUAGUGCGUCAGCCUCAGGACUUCCUCGCCAGCCUGGCGAGUGCAGCGAGGGAGGCGGCAGCAUCGUUUGGCAAUGGACGGGUGCUGCUGGAGCGAUACAUUCAGAGGCCCAGGCACAUUGAAGUGCAGGUGGGUACGGUGAUAGGUUCGGUGGAUCUGGUACGGUGGCUCAGGUUCGAUGACUCAGGUUCGAUGACUCAGGUUGCCGACAGCCUGGCGGCGUGGUGCUCGGGUGUGAGAGGGACUGCAGCUGGUGCACGUGACCAUAUGGAUGCCUUGUCGUUUUGUUGCCCUUCCUUCCCUCCAUUUUCCCUUCCUCUCUACCCUCUCCACUCACAGGUGUUUGCAGACAAGCACGGCGAUGUGGUAUUCGCAGACAAGCACAGCAAUGUGGUGCAUCUGUUCGAGAGGGACUGCAGCGUGCAGCGGCGGCACCAGAAGAUCAUCGAAGAGGCUCCCGCUCCGGGCAUAUCUGAGGAGUUUAGGGAGAAGAUCUGCUCCGCUGCUGUUGACGCUGCCAAGGCGGUGGGGUACGAGGGGGCAGGUACGGUGGAGUUCAUAAUCGACUGUGACACUAACGAGUUCUUCUUUAUGGAGAUGAACACAAGGCUGCAGGUGGAGCAUCCAGUAACGGAGAUGGUGACAGGACAGGAUCUAGUGGAGUGGCAGGUGCGCGUGGCACAAGGGGAGCCCCUCCCGCUCGCUCAGGGGGACCUGAAGCUAACAGGGCAUGCCUUUGAGGCGCGGGUCUACGCUGAGAACGUUCCCAGAGGCUUCCUGCCGGCUGCUGGCCCGCUGCUGCACCUGCGCACUCCGGAACCCUCUGCUUGCGUCCGGGUCGAGACGGGGGUGCAGGAGGGCGAUGACGUCAGCACCUUCUACGACCCAAUGAUAGCCAAGCUGGUGGUGUCAGCGGCCAAUCGCAGCGCGGCGCUGCAGCUGCUGCGGCAAUCCCUGGGGCGGUACGAGGUGGCGGGCGUGCCGACCAAUCUCGCGCUGCUCCAGGCUGUCGCGUGCCACGCGGGAUUCGAGCGUGCUGACGUGGACACGCACUUCAUUCAGCGCCACCACGACCAGCUGAUGACGUCACCAGUGACGUCACCGGCAGCAGGGGGAGUGGUGGGAUCAGGGAAGGCAGGAGAAGCAGCAGGGGGAGGAGCGGAGAGGGCCGGGGAUGGGGUGUUGCCUCUAAGUGGGGCAGAGGGCGCAGCAGUGGCAGCAAUGGUGUGUCAAUGUGUGGUGGAGAGAUGGAGGGAGCAGGGCCGUGGUGGCUUUUCACUGUCCUCCCCCCAUUCCCCCUCUUCCCCCUCUCUCCCCCCUUCCCCCUGGUCGUCCGCCUCUGGGUUCCGCCCCAACUACUUCUAUUCCCGCCCCUUCGCCCUCUCCACCUGCCUGGGGGGAGGGGAGGGCGCGGAAGGGGAGGGGGACGAGGGGGAAGAUGGGGAGGAGGCGGAGGCUGGGGAAGGGGGGGCGGAGAAGGGGGCGGAGGAAGCGGGCAGGCAAGGGGCGGUGGAGGGGUGGGUGAGGUAUGAGACGGAUGGGGGCUUCACGGUUGGGCUGGCGGAUGGGAGACACGUGGCAGCCUCUGGUUGGGUGGUGGAUGGGGAGGGCCGGCGGGUGGAGGUGGAGGUGGGGGGGGAGAGGAGCCGCUUGUCGUUCUUCCAAGAGAGCACGCGCAACCCCACAUCCCUCCCCUUUUUCCACCCCCUUAUACCCCCGCCCUCCGCCCAUCAGCCGGACAGCAUCACCACCCACGUGUGGGGGCGUGGUGGUAACGCCGAUGGCGGGGAGGGUGGUGCGGGUGGCAUGUGGGGAGGGCGCAUCUGUGCGCAAGGGGGACGUGGUGGUGAUUCUCGAGUCCAUGAAGAUGGAGAAUGUCAUAUCAUCCCUCAUCUCAACUCCACGAAUCUCCCACCCCAUUACUUCACCCCCUUCCUCCCUCCACCUCCUCACCCAUCCCACCUGCCACCCCUGUUCUCCGCGCGAGCAGCAUUCAGUGAAGGCACGUCAAACAAGCAGCAUCAGCCUAGCCGUGCUGCUGCCAGUAGUGGGCACUGGGCACGGCCUGGAGGAGGGGUGGGUGGAGGAGGGAAGGGAAGGGGCGGUGGGGCAGCAGGUGGCAGAUGGGAUGCCUCUCUUCCGCGUGCUGCCCCCACAGCAAGCAGCAUCGCCCUAGCCUUGCUGCUGCCAGGGGUAGGCACUGCCUGGAGGAGGAGUAGGUGGGGGACGGAAGGGGCAGUGGGGCAGCAGGUGGACGAAAGCAUGCCUCUCUUCCACGUGCUUCCACCCCACCCCAGCAAGUGGAGUGGGAUUGUGUUAUGGAUGAAUGCAGGGUAUGAUUACUCGCGGUCACUCUAUAUCGUGCGCCUGCGUUCGGCCCUUCCCCUCGCCGCGUAUCGCGGCGGAAUAGCGAGCUUCUCGGGAUGGACGGACGACGACGAUGACUCGGAUGAUCGUACCGGUCCGUCAGGUCUGCGGGCGACAGCGGCGACGGUGGCGCACGAAGCCGCGACGCUGGGCGGCAGCAUUCCGCGGCGCGCGCGGCUGAGCAUGGAGAACCCGCAGCUAAGAGCAUACGCGCAUAUGCUCGAGACGCAGCAGACCCAAGUCGCGUCUGACGUGGGCGUGAUGUCAGAACACAUCGUUUACAAGUACGUGGCAGAAACACGUCUAGAGCCUGUUUUUGGAGCCCCAUUCCAUGGCAUCCCUCCCAUACUGUUCCCACACCGAGUGGGCUACAUGCACACGAGCAACGGGUUCGCAGCGGCCCUCUCCCCGCAGCAGGUGUGGCGGCUGCAGCGGCACCCGGCAGUGGCGGCAGUGACGCGCAGCCGCAGAGUGACCCCUCUCACCACCGAAUCCCCCACCUUCCUGGGCAUGCGCGCCCCCGGGUCGCUGUGGCCUGCCAAUGGCGGGCAGGCGAGCGCGGGCCAGGGCAUGGUGAUAGGCGUGGUGGACACGGGCAUCUGGCCGGAACACCCCUCCUUCAGCGAUAAGGGAUUCUCCUCCUCGAAACCCGCCGGCUGGUCAGGAAAAUGCGACACCACGAGCGAGUUCAAGUGCAAUAAUAAGCUCAUAGGUGGCCGCGUGUUCUACAAGGGAUUUAAGAAGGACAUCGGCGACCCGGACCUGUCUUCAGACUGGUUGUCUCCCCGGGAUUCGGAUGGCCACGGCACAUGGUGUGCAAGCGCGGCAGCGGGCAACAAGGACGUGCCCAUGGCGGGCGGCAAGGCGAGCGGCAUGGCGCCGGCAGCGCGCUUGGCAAUGUACAAGGUUCUCUGGUACUCUGAAGGCUCUCUCACCGGGACAUGGGCCGACAUCGAUGCAGCAGUCAACCAAGCGGUGGCGGACGGUGUGGAUGUCAUCUCGAUCUCGCUGGGCGGCAUGGAUAAUAAGGAGACCUACUUCGACCACAUGCCGUAUCUCAGUGCUAACCUGGCCGGGGUGGUUGUGUCAUAUGCAGCAGGGAAUGCCGGCUCGCCAGGCUACUGGGAUCCUGGGUACUUUCGCACAAUAGACAACUUCUCGCCCUUCUAUCUCACCGUGGGGGCUAGCACCAUAGGCCGUGGCGGUCUAACCCUCAAGGCCGCAACAGCAGCAGCGGCAGGCCUCAGCAACUCAUCCUCCUCCUCUUCAGCCGCCCCAGCAGCCACCGCCCACCCUACCAUUGCCGAUUUCUCCUCCACGGGACCCCUAUGCGACCCUAACACCGACGCCACCGGCGCUCUCCCCACCAACAGCAUCUUAAAGCCCGACAUUGUUGGCCCGGGCGUGGAUCUCUACGCUGCUGCCCCGGGCUCAAAAAUCGGCAAGCCGGGCAGCUUCGCACAGCUGUCGGGGACGUCGAUGGCGACGCCUCACUUGGCGGGCAUUGCUGCUCUCAUCAUGCAGAAACACCCCUCAUGGAGCCCCGCGCAGGUCAUGUCUGCCAUCAUGACCACCGCCAAGACCACUGACACCAGCGGUGCCGCUAUCAAGGAUUCUAACGGCGAGGCUGCUACUCCGUGGGAUAUGGGAGCUGGUCACGUCUUCCCACGCAAGGUGCUGGACCCUGGGCUUACCUUCGAUGCUCGGGCAACGGCGUAUCGGAAUUUCCUUGCUGGGCAGAGUAUGAAGCAGGCGCAGAGGCACUUUCCGAACGCCAAGCUUACUGCGCUUGCUCCCCGUGAGUUGAACCGUCCGAGCAUCUCCAUUUCCCGGUUGAAAGGGAUGGUGACAGCAACCAGAACGGUGACAAGCGUUGCUGAUACGUCCUCCACAUAUACAGCUAACAUCAAGCCUCCCAAUGGUGUCUCCGUCACGGUAUCACCCGACAAAUUCACUAUCACUCCGGGUAAGAAGGUCACUUUCACGGCGACCUUCAAGGUGACUAAGACGUCUAACAACACUCAGUUUGGAAGUAUGACAUGGGUCGAUGAGAAAGGGCACUCAGUGAGAAUGGUGCUUGCUGUCCACCCUAUAAAGAAGUGA